AUGAAGGUAGUAGACACCCUUGAAGUUGACAGAGCGGUUGAAGAACUAGUGAAAGAAGACAACAAGGAGGAUUUUGUGCUUAAAAGUGAAGAAAUAGUUGAAAAGAAAAUCAUCGAGGACGAAUACGAUUGCAUACUUAAAUACCUGGAUCAAGAAAGAAAUCGAUUACCUUUCCGACAUUCGGACAUUCAAAGAACCCCCAUGGUUUCAUGUGGGAAAUCUACUGAAGAAUUGAACCCUUCGUCCACCUACAUCCUCACCAAUUCUUCACUCAUCAAACACACAACACACAACAAUGGCAACUGCACGGUGGAGCUCUAUUUCUCUAAGCACUGCAACAAUCAAGAAAAGGAGAGUGGAAGCUACCAUGGAAGAAAGGAGGUGUCACUCGAGUUCCCCUUCUUCCGCGUCUACAAAGACGGUGGGGUGGAGUUACUCCAUUCCCCACCAGUAUUCUAUCCUCCCUGCGACGUUAAAGACGCCGUCAUUUCUUCCGAUGCAUGUGCACCUGUCACCGCUCGUAUCUUCCUCCCAAAAACACCCAACCGCAACAACAAACUCCCUGUCUUGCUCUUCUUCCAUGGCAGCGGCUUCUGCGCCAAUUCCGCCUUCACUGAGGAAUACAGUAACCACGUCGCUGCCAUUGCCAACGAAGCCAAGGUCCUUGCGGUCUCCGUAGAGUACGCUAAGUUCCCGGCCCGACCACCGCCCGAGUGCUACGAAGACGCCUGGAGAUCUCUCCAGUGGGUCGUGUCUCACGUGGACGGGGAUGGGCCAGAGCCCUGGCUUAACGACCUUGCUGACCUGCAGCGUGUUUUCAUCGCCGGAAGCGGCACCGGCGGUAACCUCUCGCACUGGGUGGCUAGCCUAGUGGGAAAAACAGUGUUACCGAGGCGUGUGAGUGUGGAGGGUACGAUUCUGGUGCACCCUUUCUUUGGUGGAAUAGGGGACGAUGAUCAGUGGCUGUUCAUGUGCAAGGAGAAGAAUGGGCCGGAGGAUCCGAGGCUGAAGCCGAGGGCGGAGGAUUUACAGAGUCUUGGGUGUAAGAGGGUUUUGGUGUGUGUGGCGGAGAAGGAUCCUUUGCUGGUUGCCGGAAGGAACUACGUUACGGCACUGAAGAAGAGUGGUUGGAGUGGAAGUGUUGAGCUCGUUGAGCAUCAGGGUUUGGGACAUUGCGAGCAUGUUUAUAAGCCUUAUGAAGACAAUUCUCGUCAGGUCUUGAAAAAGAUUGCUUCUUUUAUCAAUGAAAAGAAUUGCCGCUGUUAGCUUACUCAUGUUGAUGUGGGAGAAAUUGAAUUUAUGCUUGGCUUCUUUGUAGUUUUGAGAUAUCCAGGUUCUAAUAAGUGAGUGUAGGUCUCACUCAAAAUGCAUGGUGUGGUUAGGCUGUAUCAUGAUUCUUGCCAUUGCCCUGCACAUGUGCAUCCUUUUUAUUAGGGAGGCCCACUCACAUAAAGAUGUCUAAAUUUUUUUUUUUAAAAGAUAUUUUUAUGUUGUGUUUUAA